AUGCCCAGCCUGCCACCAGCAUCAAAAUUCCGCCAACAGACGACUUUCCAUCACCAAGGACGAGAGAGCUGCGACAAGAGAACCGUUGACAUUCCGCUCGCCGCCUUUGUCCCACCUCGCCACGCCAAGGGCCAGCAAAGCCUCGCCUCUGCCGCCCCCGCUGCCAAUGAGUUCUUUACCGUCGCCCAUAUCAUAAUCGUCAAGAUGGGCGGUGGUGACGAAGCACCACUUUAUCCUACCGAUUAUUUUAUUCUUAAGCAAUCGAAAACGCACUAUCACGUCAAUGUCCGCUCGCAGCAUUGGCAGCUACGAUCUUUGAUAAGCGUCGAGAGGAAAAACGUCAUCUACUUCCCGGGUGGUACGAAGAAUAACCACAUCCUAAAACUCGAUACAGAUACACACAGCCUAGAAACUAUCCGCGUUCUCUCCUUCUCUCCGAGAUGCCUUGUUGCGAAGAAUGGUUGGGUUUGUUGCGGAGGAGAGACUGGAGAGUUCACAGCCGUGCGACUUGAGCAACGCCAAGAACCCGGCGAUAUGGACAUGCAGCUCGAUCUAGAUCCCGAUGCCCGCUUGCCGCUGGAUCUCGAUGCUUCUACGAACGAUGCUUCCAGCAUGUUGUCUUUGGUGGAGAGAGCCGCCAACCGCUCCAAGAUGCUCAUUGGAAAGAGCAUGAAACUCGUACGCGACCGAGUUAACUGCAUUACCCUGUGGUUCCCUCCUGUCGACAGUCGACCUUGGGAGGGCGCGCAUAACGAACCCAUCGCCGUACUCGCCAACAAUGACAAGACCGUAGCGCUUGUCAGUCUCAACGAUUUCGAAGAUAACGACAAAAUCGAACCUCUCCACAUCAUCACCUAUCCCGACUUUGUCAAUAGGGCAGUCAUAUCCCCUGACGGACGGUUACUAGUCGCCGUCCUGGACGACCCCUACUUGUACGUUCACGAACGGGUCGGAGCGAAUUCGACCAACAAUCAGAAACAGUACAAGUGGGAGUAUCGUGAUCGCUAUCUACUGAAGAGCCAGCGCCGCGACGAUGUGUCACAAAGCCGCGGAAGCUUUGCAGCGUGCUUCUCAAACUCGGGCGCCUAUUUGGCUGUGGGCACUCAAUACGGAACAAUCUCCAUUUUUGAUGUCUCCGCCUUCACUGACCGAUCCAAAAACCCCUUAAUUACCUCCUUCCAGUCCUCCCGUCCCGAGACCUUAUCUGGUGCUGUCCGAGACAUGGCCUUUUCUCCUGGUCCGUACGACUUGCUAGCGUGGACGGAGGACAAGGCACGGGUCGGCAUCGCAGAUAUACGAAACGGCUUUGUCUAUCGCCAAUACAUCGAUAUCGGAGAUAAAGAAGAUGGUGGCCAGGAAGUCAGAAUCUUGGACGGCAACGCCAUCGACCCUCGCUUGCUCGGCCGCCGAAGCGACCGAGGCGAUCGAGAUGAACGUCUAUCGGGCCUACCCUUCUUUUCUGAUCGGCGCCGAGACGACCGGACGCGACAUGACUCGCCUCUCACGCCGGACGAAACGUUAAUUCUCGAAGCUCUCCAGGACGGUCGACGCCGUAGGGAACAACGCGCCGCCCAACGAGGGGGAGCAGACCCCGCAACUAGACACGGUGAUGGCACUCCGUCUCUGGGAAAUGCCAGGCUCUCCGUCUGGGCCGAACGCGCCGAACGUGCCGCAAGGCGUGCACAGCUUGGUGACAAUUCUCGAACAGAUUCCCCCUCGUUAGGAGAGGGGGGCCCUGGUCUGAGUCGUGCCAUCGACCUCCUUCUAGGCAAUAGUCUGGACCGGGCCGAUCGUGACCAGGAUCGUGGUAGCCCCUCUCAGCGACCCCUCGGCGGAAAUACCACUACAUCUGGCGACCCCCCGAUCCCUCGGUCCAAUCGAGCGCGUCGGGGUGACUGGGGUCUUCACCGCCUCGACGACCUCGAAGCUCUGUACAGUCUUGCUGCCUAUAGCAGCGAAUACAAUCGAGGCGAUAAUAAUAAUGACACAACUCGACGUGAACGCACUCCCUUCGUCGCCUUCCUCUCUGACAGGGAGUUUGACAACUUGAUGCGAAGAAAUGUGGACGACCGAGAGGUCCACCACUCACCCCCCACGCCAGAUAAUACAUCAGGACUGGCGUGGAGCGAAGAUGGCCGCCUCCUGUUUGUGGGCGCGCAAAAUGGCAUUUAUGAGUACCACGUCAAUAUCCAGGGCCGAAAACUCCACCCCAGCAUCACCCUCCAGUGA